ACGUGCACAAGACCGACGACAGACGACGACUUGAUUGCGCGCGUGAUCUUCACUGUCAGAGUCGUCGACGGCGGCGGCACCGCGAUAUUAUUUGGCGGAAAAGCGAAAUAGAAAAAUUAUCGCUCGCGUAUGAUAUUCGCUCUGACCGCGUUCGACCAGUCGGUACAGUACGCUCCGCGAUAUCGUUUCGGCUCGUCAUCCACGCCGAAGAUAAUUUCAUAAUUCUAUCGCAUAUUAUGCGCGUGUAGUAUCAAUAUUGCGAUUGUUAUGUUGUCGUGUUUUAUUAUCGUUUUGCGCCGGUUAUUUCGAUUUUGGUUUGAAUAAUUUUUCGUAUUCUCCGAGAUUUCUCCGAAAUUCGCGACUUCACUGUCCGGCGACAACGAUUCGCAUUGUUGUAAACCAAAUACGUUGAUGUCAAACAUUCAAUGUGGUCUUAUGAUGUGUCCUUAUGAACGGAGAAUACGCUCAGCCACAGCACAUUUCAGAUGCCAUCUACCUAGGUGCUGCCAUCGUACUGAGUAUUAUCGGAAUAGUUGGAUUUAUUUUCAACACCUGUGUCAUUUUCAUUAUGAUUAGGGAUACAAGGCUAUGGACCCCUCAAAACGUGAUAAUAUUCAACUUAGCAACGUCCGACUUAGCAGUGUCUGUACUGGGAAACCCAGUUACCUUGGCCGCUGCCAUUACCAAAGGCUGGAUUUUCGGUCAAACUAUAUGUGUUAUCUAUGGAUUUUUUAUGGCAUUAUUUGGAAUUGCGUCAAUAACGACCUUAACGGUGUUGGCAUACGAUCGGUAUUUAAUGAUACGCUAUCCGUUCAGCAGCAGCAGAUUGACCAAGGAAACUGCACUAUACGCAAUAGCUGGAAUAUGGAUAUAUGCGUUUGCUGUAACAGGACCUCCGUUGUUCGGAUGGAAUCGUUACGUCAACGAAUCUGCAAACAUCAGCUGUUCAAUAGACUGGGAAAGCGGUGAGCAUAGCAAUUAUGUUAUCUACAUAUUUGUUUUUGGACUAUUUCUACCAGUUACAGUGAUUAUCUAUUCGUAUGUGAGCCUCGUCGUUACAGUUAGAAAGAGAGCUGCUGAAAAAAUCAUCGGACAAGCGACCAAAGCAGAAUGCAGGGUAGCCAUUAUGGUGGCCGUGAUGAUAUUGGCGUUUUUAACAGCGUGGAUGCCGUACUCGGUGCUAGCUCUCAUGAUUGCAUUUGGCGACGUUCAUAUCAGUCCGGUCGUCAGCAUAAUACCGGCUUUGUGCGCCAAGUCGAGCAUAUGUUGGAAUCCAAUUAUAUACAUUGGACUCAAUACGCAGUUCCGGUCAGCGUGGAAACGGUUCCUGAACAUCCCGGGCACAUUGUCGGAAGUCUCGCUGGACGCCGACAUCACUACGGGCAUGACCAAGCUGAUGACCGGUCACCAAGAGCUGCCGGCGCAUCCCAUGAACAACGGCGACGCCGCCCAUCCGCCGGGCCUGAUAAUGUGCUGCUUGGCGCACGACGAACACCGACAGUCGGCGACGUACGCCGACCGGUACGAGUGUAAUCUCGAAAUGAAGUCGUGCUACCCGCAAACUCUAGGCAAACGGCCCGAAACGGACAUCGGCGACGUUUCUUUGUGAUCAUAAAAAAUAAUAUAAUAUCAUAAUGCCGCGACAAACCGUUGAAACGAAACAAAAAAUAGUCAAAUUCUAAGUUGGUUUCGAAUUGGUAAUAAUAAUAAUAAUAAUAAUAAUAUACUAUAUUAUAUACAUAUUUUUUUCUUUUUUGAUAUUUUCGAUGUCCGUAGUUAAUUCCGAUAUAUGAACAAAAAUGUAAUUAUCAUAUAAAAAUCAUGAUUAUAAGCUCCCCGCGGCACUUUAAAAAAAAUUAAUGUGUAGAUAUUAUUUGGCUCGUAGUGAAAAUAUUAAAUUCCAAUAUAAAAACACCACUGAUCAGUAGGUACCUAUCUAAUGUUGUACAAUACUACUAUGUUUGUUUUAAGUGACUUUUAAUCCGUAUUCAUUUAUUAUAUCGUUAUGACAAUGUCAUGUUAUUGUUAUUAUUUUAUAUUAUGGUUCCGGGUUCGCGCACGCGACUAUAAUAGUAUAGAGAUAACAGGCCGUUCCACGCAUUAGUCUGCAUAAUUUUAGUUUUGCAUAAUGCGUUUGGUUAAUGUGCAUUUCGAUGUAAAAGAUUGUUAAACUUUUUUCUUCUUCUCUUUUUUUAAAAAAUAAACUCAAAGUUUUUAUGUCACAAGGCUACAAUUUAUAUUUGAAUACAUUUAAACUCACCGCAGUCCGAACGGUUAAAUUUAUAUACAGUAAAUAAUAUAGUGAUUCCAUUGAAACGCUUCAACGAUUUAAUCGCAAAAAAUGCGAUUAUAAUGCCCGUUCUGAAAAAAAAAAAUUUUAACUGUGGAUAUAUUAUAGCCCCUCGACUCCUCCGAAUAAUAAUAUAAUACAGAAUAAAUAGCCAUAUAUAGUCUUUAGAAAUUAUUAUUAUUAUUAUUUAUUACUAUAAACGUCGUGUUUAAUACCACUGAAAAAUAUACCUACAAAUUACCAACCCAAAUGCCAAAUUGACGAUUAUAGGUACCUACUGAGUUACCCAAAUCAACGAAAUGAUAUCAAUAAAUUAAUAAAAAUUACAUAUUUUAUGGUUUCGAAUAUUUAUCCUGCCGUGUGUCUUAAUCGUGUGACAUCGACACGAACUUUUUAGAGUCUUUGGCUGUUGGGAUAAAUAAAAAAAAGACAUAAUAUGUUAGAUAAAAUGCAGAUAUUCUACCGAUUUAAUUUAAUUAUAUCCCUAUGAUGUCAUAUCAUAAAUACAGUUAGGUUAGUAGGUAGCUAUAGUAGCUUAUACAAUUAUAUUUACAAUAGUUACGGUACAGCACUGAUUAAGUAUCUAUCAUAUUUUUUUAAGUAACAUAAUAUUGCAUAAUAACACAAAUAAACAAAAAUAUUUAUAAUAUAAUAUAUUACUAGUCGAAAAACCAAUUUUUAGAACUUCUAAUAGGUAAUUUUAAUUAUAUACCUUUUGGUACAGAUAAAACUAAAAACGGUUUAAGAGUCUUUGAUUACCUAUAUUAUGUUUCGUACCUAUACUAAUGGAACUUGCACACAAUAACUUAUGGAGUUUAUUUUCAAAAAUAUAUACAUAAUUAUUAAUUUGUACAUUUAUGCAAAAUAUUUGAGAAUGUAUUCUCAAAAUAGUUUGGCAUCAAUUUUGAAAAAAAAAAUUAAUAUUUUGAUGCAGCUUAUUGUUAUGAUAACUAAAAAAUAUUGUCAUUGUUAUUUAAUUUACAACAUGAAUUUGCAUAAUUUACUAAACAUUUUGCACAAAUAUAUCACUUCGAAUUAGAAUCAAAACAAAAUUAUAACUAAGUUUUUAUAACCAUUGCAAUUAUUAUACUAGUAUAGGAUUUUAUUUAAUUUUAAAAAGAGGUAGGUAACCUACUCGAAUGCGAACAGUGUUAAGUAUCAUCAAGAUUUAAUUAUACCUACUUUAAUAGUUUCAUAAGUUUUUAUUUAGGAACUCAAAAUUUGUUUCAGCCGUUUUAGGUAUUUAACUAAAAUGUAGAUAGGUGUCAUUAUAUUUUGUUCAUAGUAAUGUAAAGGUAUGUAUCUAUAAAUGUAUCAAUAUUUAACCAUAGAAAUAGAAAUAUUUAUGGUAAUAUCUAAUAUUAUAUUAUGUUAACUAUAUUAUAUUAUUAUUUAUUUAUAACUACAAAUAUAUAUUGAGUAACACAA